AUGCAGAAUACUUUUGUAAUUUUGGUUCUUUGCUUUCUUUUAUUCGAUUUGAAAGAAACAUCUGGUAAACGUAAUGGAUCUGCUAGUGGCUCUGAGAAGACACCAAAAGUUAGGAAGGGGCACCUUAACCCGGAUGAUUUAAACAAGAAAUUGCUUGAUGUUAACUCAGAAGAAGAGGAUUUAGCAGAGAGAAUGAUUGUGUAUAUAGAUGGAAAAAAGAAAAAGCCGAAGAACCUCAACAAAAGCCCAAAGAAUUUUGAAUUAGCUCAAAGAAUGGACACGCAUCCCAAGCGCAAGAUGAAACCGCAACUACCGAAAUUACCAACCAGAAGGAAAAAGAGACUUUUUGUACCAGAAGACAACCUUAAAUGGCCCAAUAGACAGAUACCUUACAGCAUUCAAACAAGGACAUACCGAAACCUUGGAGACAUACAACAGAAAUUUGACGAAGCCGUUCUAAAGUUUAAUGACGCGGCCUGUGUCACGUGGGUUCCAAGAACCUACGAGUCAACCUACAUAAACGUCAUCGGAAACGAAGCAACAUGUGCUUCGUAUGUGGGUUACACCUCAGGACGACAGGACCUCUGGCUUUACGAAUUCGGCUGUGUAUAUGUCGAUAUUGUACUACACGAAAUGUUACAUGCUGCGGGUGCGAUGCACGAGCAGUCACGUGAGGCGGACCGCGAUCCCAUCAUUACCUAUAACUGGGACGCCAUCAGCAGGGAUGAUGAAUUCAACUACAGAGGGGUCAGACUGAGCAACGCAAGGCAAUACGAUCUGGGCUCUGUUCUACAGUAUGAACUGACGUUUGGCUCUACAACUUAUAUGAUUUCUAACGACCCUGAUCUGGCCUACCUGCCAAGACAAAUCAAGUCCGAUCUAUCAUUUUACGACAAGGCCGAGCUGAAUGCUUUCUACCAAUGUGCUGAUGACUGUGUUAACCCACCCACCUGUCAGAAUGAGGGUUUCGUGAAGCAGACGAGGGGAGUGUGUAGCUGUGUGUGUGUGGACGGACUCACGGGGGCCGACUGCUCACAACUGGACACCUCACCCGGAUGUGGUGAAACCAUUAAUCUGAACAGUGGAGAAUCUCAGCAAAUUUCCAUGUCACCUUACACAACUGGACUGAAAUGUACAUGGCUAGUCCAGGGAGCUGAUAAAACUAAGAUCCGCCUCACCGUUGACUCAAUGGACAUACAAGUCAAUGACCAGGACGCCUGUAAUCAUUUCCUGGAGAUUCGGGAUUACCUGUCUGGGGCCCCGGGGAAACUAGUUUGUGGAAAUUCUGGUGGUGGGGUUUUUACAAAGAAGUGCCUGGGUCCAUCUAAUAUGAUGGUCGUCCGGUUUGAUAGCGAUACAUACGACAACAUCGCUCCCGGAAGUGGAUUCGCUUUUACAGUGGAAGCAGCGCCGUCUGCCUGUAGCAGUAACCCGUGUAAGUAUCCAGCUACCUGUGUGGACGGGGCGACGACGGACGACUACACAUGUCAAUGUACGGCAGGAUACUCCGGCACAAACUGCGACACUGUCUCAGCCUCCGCUGAAGUUACUGAUAGUUUUGAGGAUGGUUUUACGACAUUAAUGAGACACGUGACGACGGGGGUAGAUUUCCAGUGGUCAACAGGUCUAUACUUUGAUAUGAACCGUAACCAGAUACAGGCUUCAGAUGGUCACCUGAUGGCACAAAUGAUCAACCCCAACUUUAAAACGCCUUUCUACUACGAAAGCAUUGCUAAGAUGGAAACAUCAGCAAAAUUUGAAAGUGCAAAACGUUGCCUGAGAUUUGAUUAUGCCUUAUCCAACAGAGAUCUAGGCUCCUCUUUUGUAACUAAAUUAACAGUAAAAGUGAUGAGUGAUUCGGGAACCACACCACAUCAAUUCUCUACAAGCACUGGUAAUGUAUGGACCACGGCAGAGAUAAAUCUACCCGCAGCCUCCAACUUAAAGAUUGAAUUUGAAGCCUCUUUCGGUGAUGAGGAAUUGGCAGUAGACAAUAUAAGAAUUUCCCCUUUGCUCUGUAAUGCCCCCAAUCCAUGUGACGGCGUAGUGUGCCAGAAUAGCGGAUAUUGUCAGGUGACUGCUGGUUCGACCCCUGAGUGUCAGUGUCAAACAGGCUUCUCUGGACAGUUCUGUCAGAAUGACGUGUGUAGCGGUAACACGUGUGUCAAUGGAGCUUGUACACGUGUGUCAGACACGGAGUACACCUGUCAAUGUGAUGAAGGGUGGUUCGGGGAAAACUGUGAUACCAAUCCUUGCUCCACUAAUGACUGUGUAAAUGGAGCUUGCUCUGCUGUAUCAGCCACGGAGUACAUCUGUCAGUGUGAUGAGGGGUGGUUUGGAGAUAAAUGUGACAUUGAUCCUUGUUCCACCAAUGACUGUGUGAAUGGAGCUUGUUCUGCUGUAUCAGCCUGGGAGUUUACAUGUCAGUGUAAUGAGGGGUGGUUUGGAGAUAAAUGUGACAUUGAUCCUUGUGCAACUAAUAACUGUGUUAACGGAGAGUGUGUUGCCCUGUCUGAAACAGAAACAGAGUGUGAUGAGUGUAACGCUGGAUGGACGGGCACUCUCUGUGAUAGCCCUAGCUACAAUUAA